UCAAUCUGGCGACCGUGUUCAUCGCGGAGCAGGUACAUGGAAUGUCUCCCAUCUCUCUACGGCAACACCACCUUCAUCUUCACCGACACGGGCACCGCGGGGGCCUUCCUCGAGCUUUACAGCCAGGACAUGGAGCGGUAUCCACUCCGCUCGCUGGAACUGUGCAUCCGCGCGACCAACAUCAUGACCGAGAUCUACUACCCGUCGGCCGGGCCCGGCGGCGACGAGGGGCCGCCGGCCGUCUUCGCCGGCAGGGCCCGGCCCGGCCUGUCCAUGAGCAACAACCCGUGGCAGCGGGUGUGCGACCAGUUGGCGCAGCUCCGCAACCUUCAUGAACUGCGGGUCUGGUUCGACUCGCGCGACCUGCGGCCCUGGCACAAGCGCGUCAGCGAGACGCGCUUCUUCGGGAAGCUCUUCGACGUGCGUGUGCCGGACAAGCGCCGCUUCGUGCUCGGCCUGCCAGAGCUCCCUGCCCGGCGCGGGCCGGACACUCAUGUGCUGGAGGGCCAGUACCUGGAGGGGGAGCGGCUCGAGGAUGCACCGUUCACGGUGGAGAGGGGUCCCCGCCCGAAUAACUGGCGGAUUCAUCUUCGGAGCAUCAUCAGUGCCGGCGCACUUGCUGGUUGAUCGUAAAUGUACCCAGGUUGUCGACACGCCAGGGGCAAAGAAGAUGUUGUCCAUAGCAGCAGACAAGCCAUCAGCACUCGUUUCAUGACCUGCACAGUUUCCCAACGCACUAAGACACAUCUCGUCUCUAGCAGCCUGGUUCUAUUUAGCGGCCAUCCCUCCGUCAUCGACCAUGUCUCACUUGGGCUGCUCUCAACAGUCCAUUGCAUCAUUACCCAGCAAAUCGACUGCAUUCCAGUCACAACACACAAUGAGUAUAUUUAUCCGCACGCAAGUGCUGGACCGAAGAAAAUAAAUGCCGGACAAGCCAGUCCCAGCGCCACAUCUUGUCCCCCCAAACAAGAAACGAGAUCUUCCACCUCCUCAAUGUAUGUACGAAGGGAAUACCGCAAAGUAGCCAGCGGUACAGCCAGUUCAACCAGCCGACGGCCGCGAGCGGCUCGAAGCUCUGA